ACCAUGUAAGGUCAUUUCUGCUGGUAGAAGACCAGCAGACUGCUCAGGAGGACUGUGCUGGACACACAGACUAGUAUUUAAGGAAAGGAGCGCUGGAGACGGAGCUUUUCUGACCCAAGAGCACGAGAUGAAGCUCACGGUGCUGGUCUUAGUCCUCCUGCAGGGUCUCUGCUGCUCGGGAUUUCCGCUCUUCCAGCCUGGCAUUGUGGCGAUGGCAAGGCAGGCCUUGGGUGCGUCUCUUCGCCAUGUCAACAAUUUGACUGCGGGCACCAACCUGUAUGGGGUGACCUACAGCUCCAUCAAGAGGAUCAUCCCCAUAGGGUUGAGUUCUUAUGAUAUGAUCCUCAAGUUUGGAGUCAGGGAAACUGUGUGCCCCAAGUCGAGGACCGCCGACCCCGAGACCUGCAACUUCAGGCGAGGCCACUUUGUGUCCGCAGCUUCCUGCUCCAGCCGAGUGCGGCUCACGGCUGAUGUCAGCGAACUGGUGUUCGUCAGAUGCGGCAGUGCGAGCAGCUCCAGCUCAGAGUCCAGCAGCGAAGAGGUGUUCAUGGCGCUGCCAUCGACGGGUAGCCGGACUCCCCAUGAGAAUGGAGGUGAGGCGCCGCCCCUUUGGUCCGACUUGCCUGCGACACAGGGCGGAGUCGGGCACAUGGAUGAGAACAACUUCCUAGAGUGAAAGGCACUGUGCCGUUAUUCUGUACAUCCCUGGGUGCUGGCGGAGGGUCGCACCUUGUGUACUUCCAAUAAAAAGAGGCAU